GCCAGUCUCAGCCAAUAGGAAGACGGGAUACUGUCUAUAAAUACCCACCAGUUCGGCCGCCAAAUUCAUUCACCUCGACUUUUAGAGAGCGAAGUUGCCUUGUUUGGAAGAUGGCCAGAACCAAGCAGACGGCGCGGAAGUCCACCGGUGGUAAAGCACCAAGGAAGCAGCUUGCUACUAAAGCAGCUCGGAAAAGCGCACCCGCCACCGGAGGCGUGAAAAAACCUCACCGCUACCGUCCUGGUACUGUGGCUCUCCGAGAGAUCCGGCGCUACCAAAAGUCCACCGAGCUGUUGAUCCGCAAGCUCCCUUUCCAGCGUUUGGUGCGUGAGAUUGCCCAGGACUUCAAGACCGACCUGCGUUUCCAGAGCUCGGCUGUGAUGGCCCUUCAGGAGGCCAGCGAGGCUUACUUGGUGGGGCUGUUUGAAGAUACUAAUCUCUGCGCCAUCCACGCCAAGCGAGUCACCAUCAUGCCCAAAGACAUCCAGUUGGCUCGCCGUAUCCGCGGCGAGAGAGCUUAA